CGUGCUGAACAUCGACAGAAGGAAUCCUCGGCAACACAGGCGUCGAGCUCAAAAGGUUACUCAUAGCCCAUCAUGUCUUCAAAACUUCCCUCUGUUCUCAGCGCGACUGAGGAGGAGAUUCAGAUGCUCCUCGCUGCUCAAUGCCACAUUGGCACGAAGAACUGCGAUAAGCAGAUGGAGCCUUACGUCUGGAAGCGAAGGUCUGACGGUAUCCACCUCAUCAACAUCGGCAAGACUUGGGAGAAGAUCGUUUUCGCUGCCCGUAUCAUUGCCGCCAUCGAGAACCCCAACGACGUCUGUGUCAUCUCUGCGCGCCCAUAUGGCCACCGUGCCGUCCUCAAGUACGCUUCGAACACCGGCGCCCAGGCUAUCGCUGGCCGAUUCACCCCCGGUAGCUUCACAAACUACAUCACCCGCUCGUUCAAGGAGCCCCGCCUCAUCAUCGUGACCGACCCCCGCGUUGACCACCAGGCCAUCCGUGAGGCUUCCUACGUCAACAUCCCGGUCAUCGCCCUUUGCGACACCGACGCUCCUCUGAAGUUCGUCGAUGUCGCUAUCCCUACGAACAACAAGGCCCGUCACUCGAUCGGUCUCGUUUGGUGGUUGUUGGCCCGUGAGGUUCUCCGGCUGAGGGGAACCAUCCCUCGCACUCCCGACGGCUGGAAUGUGAUGGUGGACAUGUUCUUCUACCGUGACCCUGAGGAGGUCGAGAAGCAGCAACAGGAGGAGGCUCAGGCUAGGGCUGCUGCGUCUGGCGAGGCUGAGGGAGAGGCUGCCGGUGUCUCAGAGUGGGAUGUUAACUCUGCUCCUCAGGCAGGUGGCAUCAACCCUGCUGUCGUGCAAGAGGGUGGUGCCCUCGACUGGUCUGCGGAGCCUGCUGCGGGCAACACCGACUGGUCAGCAGAGCCAGCAACUACUGGUGCUGGUGGGUGGGGUGCGGACGCCCCACAGGCGUCGACUGGCUGGGAUUAAACGCGGUCACGAGGUUGUUGUAUUUUUCCCUACUUUUCAUGCCUCUGCUUGCGCCUCCUCCUUAUGCCGCAUAUAUGUCAACCAAAAGCCUACCCAUGCCAACAUGACAUUUUGCUCGCGCCGUCUUGGGUUUUGAUCUGAAUGGGUUGUGCAAUCCAGGCUAGUGUCGGAGAACGAGCGUGCUUCAUUCCGACCCGCCUUUAUUCUGUCGUCUUCCCAUCGGGAUACUGUUGGUUGUGAUGUCUGCUCUGCCAACUGCUUCUUGCUUUCUUUCGUAUGUUCUUCCACUCCACCUGGUUUACCUUCGAGGCAAGAUCUUCGUGAGUUGUCAGUAUUCGGUCCAUAAUGCAAUAUACAGCCGUCCUCUGAGAGUAUCCUAGGACG